UUCAAAUCUUGCAUUGGCUCUCAGGCUCAGCUAAUGCAAAUCUGUUCAUCCCCCUUUACCUUUCUGAUUUCCACUCUAUUGAUUUAAGGAAAUUAGGGUUUUUGAACGUGUCCUAAUUCAAAAUCCUAAAAGAUGGCGCCUCUGACUUGCACCAAACUGUCUUUAAUCACCAUAGCCGGAGUCGUAACUCAAGUCAUCGGCCUUUCCUUUUUCGUCUUCGGCUUUUUCCCGGUAAAACCGGCUCUUCCCGGCACCAGUGGUUCGGAGAGUUUUUACGUGCCAGCAUGCGACUUCGUUAGCAAUCAAAGCGACACGACCUUGCCGUCCGAUCAACUCAAAUCAUUAUAUCAAGAAUUGUCGGGGAUCCCUCCUUCGUUUGAUAGACUUAUUUUAAUGAUUGUAGACGGUCUUCCAGCAGAAUUCGUGCUUGGAAAAGAUGGGAAACCGCCUAAUAAGCAAUUUAAGGAGGCAAUGCCUUAUACUCAGUCAUUGCUAGCCAGUGGAUCGGCUAUUGGUUACCAUGCUAAGGCUGCCCCUCCUACUGUAACAAUGCCUCGAUUAAAGGCUAUGGUCUCUGGUGCAAUUGGUGGAUUCUUGGAUGUAGCAUUCAAUUUUAACACACAGGCUAUGACAGAUGACAAUCUUCUUGGUCAGUUUUUCAAGAUUGGCUGGAAAAUGGUGAUGCUCGGUGAUGAAACAUGGCUUAAGUUGUUUCCUGGGUUAUUCAAAAGGCAUGAUGGUGUUAGCAGCUUCUAUGUGAAGGAUACUGUGCAAGUAGAUCAAAAUGUUUCGCGACAUUUGGGAGAUGAACUUAGUAAAGAUGACUGGGAUCUUUUGAUUCUGCACUAUCUAGGAUUGGAUCAUGUUGGACAUAUUGGUGGGCGGAACAGUGUAUUGAUGGCCCCAAAAAUGAAGGAGAUGGAUGAGGUGGUGAAGUUGAUCCAUUCAAGUAUUAAUCAAUCCCAAGGAAAUGGCCUAGGGCGGACACUUUUGAUGAUAGUAAGUGAUCAUGGCAUGACAGAAAAUGGUAAUCAUGGGGGUUCUACAUAUGAAGAAACUGACACAUUAGCUCUUUUUAUUGGUCUGAGGAAUCAUGUCUUUGACUAUGCAUCAGUCAUCAACCAGAUUGACAUUGCACCAACCUUGGCUCUUUUGUUUGGCGUGCCAAUUCCUAAAAACAAUGUUGGUGUUCUUAUUAGAGAGGCUUUUGAUUCUCUAAAAGAAGACAAACAUCUGAGGGCCCUGGAGUUGAAUUCUUGGCAGUUGCUGAGAUUGCUGCAAGCUCAGUUAUCAGGUUUACCAUGCAGAAAUUUCCCCUGUGAUGCAUUUUAUGAUCAUCAGAGUUCAGGUUCUACUGACUGCAAUCAUGAGACAGAAGAUAUGCUUUGUUGCUUGUAUAUGGAAGCGACAACUCUAUACACCUCCUGGAAGUCUAAGAGAGGCUUUGAGUCUGCUAGCAACAGAGAUUACAGCAGCGCUGCAGCAGCAUAUUACAAGUUUCUCAAAUCUGCAAGUGAGUGGUUAUCACGAAGAUCUACUGAUAAACCUGUUAAACUACUUGCACUUGGACUGGCUACAAUAUUCGUCUCAACUGUAAUAUUAUCAAGCCUGAUGUUUUGUCGGCUCAGAGAAAUUUACCAUGGAGGAAAGCAACAGUCUUUGAACUUAAAUGAUAGCAUGAAUGAUUGGUCUUUGGAUGAGACAUUCAUUCUCAGUGUUAUCUUGAUCCUUGUUUCAAGUAUGACAUCAAGUUCUAUGGUAGAGGAAGAGCAUUACAUAUGGUAUUUUCUGAUAUCCACAUUCUAUCUCUUAUUACUCCGUAAAACAGCACAGUCCCUUUGUGCUGUUCGUUUUCAGAGUUCUUGUUUCACACAAAAUGGACAAAGUAGAGAAGGUUACUUUAGAAUGUGUUUCGUCUUCCUGCUGCUUACCUCUGGAAGGGUUUUGAGAGGCUGGCAUCAAGGUGGCGUAAACUGGACUAGUCUUCCUGACAUUUCUAAAUGGCUUGAACAGGCUGGGAGCCAACAUGUGAAAUCACUUCAGCUAAUAUCUGCCUUUCUGGUGAUUAGCAUAGGUUUAUUUGCUUUAUUUUCAAUAGAAUCCAAGGGAAAAUGUUUCCAGAUGGUCAGACUUAGCUUUCUGAUAUCUGGAUUGUUGGUUUUGCUGCAUAUCACAAAAUACCAGGAUUAUACAUUUUCAUCCACUAAUUAUGGUGCUACCUUAUUGGUACAAAUAAUCUAUGCAAUUCUUGGUGUUGCAACUAUCGGGACUGUUGUAGCCUUGCCAUGGGUUAUUCCUUUCUCAACCUCCAAGAUUUGCCCAACUGAUAAUACCAUUUCACCUCUUUUUCUUAGCAUUCAUGAGAAAUUCCCAUUAGUGGAAUUAAGGGAUUCUUUAUAUGUGAUUGGAUGGGCAUACGUACUAUGUUGGUGUCUUCUGCAGCUUUUACUUCAACAACCAAUCAACACAACACCCAUAUUAUUGCUUCUUUUGCAAAUUUUGGCCGGCACACUCUAUUUUGCUAGAAGUGGAACACAUCAUAAAGAAUGGGUAGAGAUUGCAGCAUUUUACUACUUGGGAAUGGCUAGUCAUUUUGCUCUAGGAAAUACCAACACACUAGCUACUAUUGAUGUUGCUGGAGCUUUCAUUUGUUGUACUUGUUGCAAGGGUAUCUCAAGUCACUCGACAUUGCUUUCUGGCAUUCUAAUGUUUAUUAUCACCUACGCGUCACCCAUGUUUAUUCUUCUUAGCCUUGUAAUGUACAUCUCUAUGAAAAACAUGGCCCAUCUUGUAAUUCCUGAGAAAGCAGGUCCUGGAGAUCAUCUCAUGAUGAUGCUGGGUUUUUCAUGCCUCGUACCGCUGGUCAUAAAUUCAAUUCUCUUGACCGCAUACACGGUUGUAUUGCUGUUAAUGCAGAAUCACUUAUUUGUUUGGAGUGUUUUCUCACCCAAGUACUUGUAUGUUUGUGCUACAGCCGUAUGCACUUAUAUUGGCGUCUUUAUCGUUGCCGCAACAGGAUUUUAUGCUUAUUUUGUACUGGUCACGCGGAAGCAGAAACCAUACUCUUGUUAGCAACAAGCCAACAACACUAAAUAGUCAAUAGCGAAUGCAGCAACUAGCAAACUGAUUUUGCAUUCUUCCAAACGAACGGCAGUGAUUGAAGUUGAGUUAAUCCUUGUAGGUUUCAGUUAAUUUCUUUUAUAUUUGAUUCUGUAAACUUCUUGGAUGUAAUCUUGCUUGCAUAAGAUACUGGAAGCAAUUUCUGCUAGAAUGUAACUUUACAGGGGAAAGAAUCAUGUUUGGGUCAAAUGAAGGGGUGAGUUUUUUGAA